AUGUUCGCCGACGAUACUAACAUUACAGUGUCCGGUAAAUCAAUUAAGGAAGCUGAGGUGGGCGUUAAUGCUGAUCUCAAUAAUAUCAGAGAAUGGCUUCUAUCAAACAGGCUUUCUCUUAACCUUGUCAAAACGGAAUAUCUUUUGAUUGGAUCACGUCACAAUAUUAACACGUUGGAAGAACAACCGCGUGUUUUUAUUGGGGAUGAACCAAUUAAAAGGUUCAAGUGACAAAAACUCUUGGAGUCAAAAUUGAUCAAUUUUUAACUUGGGACAGUCAUAUUGACCAAAUUUUAAAAAAAUAUCUUCUGGAAUAAGUGCCAUGAGAAAGGUAAAGGAUUUCACUAAUUCUGAUACUUUGAAGUCAGUCUAUUAUGGUCUUGUCCAACCCCAUUUCGACUACUGUUGUGAGGUUUGGAAUUCCAUUAAUAGAGGCCGGUCUGAACGACUACAAAAUUUUCACAACAGAUGUGCUAGAACUGUUAUGAACUUUAAAGAUGAGCCUGGGCAAUCUCAACUGGCCCUCGAUCAAUUAGGGUGGAUAAGCUUGGAAGAAAGGCGAAAACAUAUUAUGGCCAUUCUCAUGUUUAAGGUUGUCAAUAAUUUGGCACCAUCGAGGUUCUCAUCAAUGUUCCAGAAUUCUAACCAUAUCCACAGUUAUAAUUUACGAGGUUCAUAUUCGUCUCUCUUUCUGUCUCGACCAAAUACAGAGUAUGGCAGAAAAUAUUUUCGAUAUAGUGGGGUUAAAAUCUGUAAUAGCAUUCCUGAACAAGUAAGAAACAGCGAAUCUUUAAAUUCUUUCAAUAGAAAUAUUUCCUCUGUUAGUCUGACGAAUUAGCUAUUUGACUUUUGUAUACCAUUUGUUUUGUAAUAUGUAUUUGUAUUCGUAGUUUAUAAUUUAUCUACGCCCCACUUGGAAAGCAGCUCCGGUUGAAGUGGCCAGCGUAGUCAAAUGAAGUUUUAUCUUUUAUCUUAUCUUAUCGGUUGAAAAAGUGAUCAAUCUUCAGUCCAAACGUAUACGCGUGAGCGUUCUGCCUAGAAAAUCAAAGGGCUGCGUAGCUUUGCUUUGUUUGCCUUUGCGUUUCGCCGGCAUAUUCAAAAUAUUAGCAAGUUUUGCUGAGUUUCGCACUUGGCUUGAAUUAAUGUCUGGUUUUUCGCAAGUGUUGCGAUAAACUGCAUGAUAAAAACUAUAUAUAUUUAUAAGUGCGCUGCUUAUCACCUUAUCAUUGAUGCCGAGCUCUGAAAUGAAACCCAGUCAAAACACACUUUAAAAAGUCGAACCUGAUUGGCUUACAAUUUGAAAUAAUGACAGGGGGCGGAGAAACAUAACAGAGAACGGAAAAUCUCCGCGAAAUCACUUUUUGUCUUCUACAGAGAAGGAAUUAUCAGCCCGGUUGUCCUCACAAAAAGAGUUAUGGAACGGGCACGUUUUAUUCAAUUGCUACCAAAUUUUGCCAGAAUGUAGGACAAUAUAAUUAUGAGGAGCGAAACCGUGUUCGAGUUUUUUUAAAUGCUUUAGUUUUCAAAUUAUAGGCCUCUGUUCCAUCGUUAUUGCUAAUUUUUGAUGAGUCAAAUUAUCUGCUUUAUAUCUCGGCAAAUAUAAUACAUGUCAAAAAACGCGAACACGGUUUUGUCCUUUGAUCAUUUAACGUGGGAAAUGUGAUAUUUCGGAAGCUUCCGAGUUUAAUCGGAUGCAUGGUUCUAAAGCUUGUCGCGCGAAGUGCGUCAUAUUUUCAAAAGCAGCUCGUAGCAACCAUGGUUUUUAAAACUCUAUAAUUGUUGCAAAGUAGUAGCAGCAGCAACGAUUUAUCGUUGUAAAUGCCAAAUUAGAGGUGGGGGGGGGACUUAAAAUUUUCGGUGCGCGGCGAGCAUUUUUCUGAAAUGGACUUUCAUCAUGUGGAGUAACCUAAGGCUGAUUGUGAAUAUUUUAUUCCUUAUAUAUACCGUUGUUGCACCCUUUUAUUCAAUUAAUUUUAACGUUUGUUGUUUUUGCUGUUUUACAAUUAAACAAAACUAAAUGGGUGCCCCUAUGUGUACGUACUUUGCUUAUUCUUUUCAGUUUUCAUCUUGUUUGAAGUGCCCUCCCCCCCGAGUUUUGUGGGCCCCCUUUGGCCAGAUAUCCGGGCUACGCCACUGUUCGAUAAAUCGUAUAUUAUAAAAGAAUAAGCUCUCCCAGCUUCACAAGUCCCAAUAACUCCAUUGAGCAUGCCAAUUUUAAUUGAAAAUCAUAUGUAUUUAUCAAAUGUGCUUUAAAAGAGCAAAGCCUUUCUACUUUAGUUUUAAUAUAACUUUUUUUCUACAAUGUUACAGACCGCAGAAUUUUACCUUCCCUUACUCCUACAACACAAGUGACAAUACCUGGCAUAGUGUUAUGCUAAAAUUCAUAAAACCUGAUCUCACAAUAUAUCUGGACGGAGUACAACGCGAAACUAGGAAAUACACUGUCAACAAAGGAAUUAUAAUUCCAAAAGGAGUUGUUAAACUUGGUUAUUGUAAAGAUGGUGAGGGUAUGGUACAUCACUUUGAGGGUAUAAUAAGUCCGGUUCGCCAAACAGACCGUAUAUCGUCGAGUUUCAAUAUUCAAAAUGAAAUUAGUCAUAAGUGUCCUAGUGAUACAGGUAAAUGGAAAGCAAACAUUUGGAAGGGAUUUCAUCUUGCGAAGAAAAGUAUUCCUUCAUGUGGUGUAAGACGUGAGUAUAUUAAUUUGUUCCAUAAAUCAGUGUAG